AUGGUCAAUGUCACGCACGGUUCGUCCAGCAUGGCGUCGACAGUUGAUCUACCCUGUCCUGAUAAGAUCCAAUCCAAUCCAAAGUAUGCCGCUCUCGUCAUAGACUGCGAGAUGGGCGGUACCGAACGAGGCGAAAACGAACUGAUCCAGAUCACUAUUCUCGACUUCCUUACGGGCAAUGUGUUGCUGAGCCGCCGGCUUGUAAAUCCAAGAAGACCCAUAUUAGACUGGCGUGAAGACGUCACUGGUCUCAAUGCGACCAAGAUGUCCGCAGCUCUUUUACGAAAUGAAGCUCUGGACGGCUGGGAGGCCGCGCGCGCGGAACUAUGGCGCUACUCUGACAAGGACACGAUUCUCAUCGGACAGUCAGUCCGCAAUGACCUGCGGGUGCUACACACCUCCCAUGCGAGAAUCAUUGAUUCCGCCAUCAUCACUGCAGAUGCCGUCCUCGGGUCGAAAUCGAAGAUUACGAAGAGGUGGGGCUUGGAGGCGCUGUGCAAGGAGCUUCUCGGUAUCCAGAUACGUUCUUCGACCCGGGCGGCUGAGGGUGUAGCACACGAUGAUCUGGAGGAUUGUCUGGCGACUAGGGAAUUGGUGUUAUUCUGCGCCCAGAAUCCGGACCAGUUGAAAACUUGGGCUCAAAGAACGAGGAAGUCCUUCUUUUUAGAGAAGGGAAAGGGGAAGAAGAAGAAUGAGGGAAGAAAGCCACAAGCCGGUAAUGCGUCGUCUCCUGUACCCUCCAGGCAAAUCGCUUUUGUGAGGAGUGCGGCGUCUGGGGAAGAAUGGGAGGAUGAAGACGAAAGUCCGUUGAGGUGGGAAGAUGUGGUGGACUGGGAUAUGUGGCCGAAGUCGCCGCCAGACUCAGAUUAA